UGCGAUAUGGGUGGAUUUCAACAUGGCCCAAAGUCGCGUGCGCGGCGCGCUGCAGCGACUUCCGUAUGUGAAGACGGCCCCGGAGAUUCUCGAGAUGCGCUUCUGGCGGCAUUCAAUCAAAGAGAAGGCGAUUGUGGACCCCAUUCGAAGGGCCAAGAACAAAACCGACCGUUUGAUCAACUAUCAAUUGCUCAAGCUUGCGUCCAUUACGUCGCAUGUUGCGAACGAAUUCCCUGCUCUCCGAAGCUUGCACCCUUUUGAACAUGAAGUUGUUGUCUUGACGUUGGGCCCUGGCGCGUACGAGAAGCAGCUCCAGCACCUGCGCAAAGUGUACGCCGCCCUGCACAAGUGUGGCAAAGCGUAUGAGAUGGAAAACAAGCAAGUGCGCACGCAAAUUGAAUCGGCCGACGUCAUGGCCCGAUGUCUCGAAGGACUAAGAGGCAUCGUGCAAGACCAGGCCCCUGUUCUCCGUGACACGGCUGAAAUGGCCAAGACGCUUCGAAAACUGCCCGAAAUCGACUUGAACAAGCCUCUGUUUGCCCUCGUCGGCGCUCCCAACGUCGGGAAAUCGUCGUUGGUAAAAGCACUGACCACUGCCAACCCUGAAAUCGCCAACUACCCGUUCACAACCCGCGGCGUGACGAUCGGGCACAUUUUCAUGCAUGGCAAUUCGUACCAGGUGGCGGACACCCCAGGACUGCUGUUUCGACCAGACAGUCAGCGCAAUGCCAUAGAGAAGCUGGCGCUGAGCAUCUUGACCAAAACCAAAGCGACGGUGGGGUUUGUUGUCGACCCAACGGGAACGUCGGGAACGCCGCUGUCGGUUCAGUUGGCCCUGCGCGACGAACUGCGCGCCAAGCUGCCGGAGAAAGCUGCCAACUCCUGGAUCGACCUUGUCUCCAAGAUCGAUGUGCCGUAUGACAAGUCGACCCUCUCUCGAUCGGAUCAAGCGGCGCUGAACACGAUGCUGCACGUGUCUACCGCCACCAACGAAGGGCUAGCCGCCGUCGACACGAGCGUUCGCGCGAUGCUCAAGUCCGCGCUCGCUUCCGACACUGACGGAAGCGACAUUGAAUAAACGAUGCCGUGUGACUCGAUCGCGUGUUGCAUUCUCGGCCACUCGUUUUGCAGUUGGCACGUUCCGUCCAUGCAAUGGGUCGAUGAAGUGCCCCACAGCCGCUGUCGCAGUUGCAUGCACCCCACGGGAAUGGCAUUGCGUCCACUGCGCCAACGUUGCAUCGUGGCCAUGGAACUGCAUGACGCUGCUGCUUGGCGCACAAGCAUGGGUGUACCAGGGCUGAAAAGCCAUGUCGACCACUUCGAUGGCCCACGGAGGCACUGUGUUGUAUAUAUAUCAGGGAACGGGGUUUCCUCGACUGCUAGCCUAAGCGCUUCAAUACAAAGAAGGCUCAG